UGUUAUCUUUGUAGUUUCUGUUCGUGAGAUGCUAGUCAAAAUAUAAUAUGAUGUCAUAGAUACGACAAAGAUAAAUAAUGCAAUUUUAGAAUACGCGUUAACGCAAAUUAUUUCAUGGUUUGACCGCACUAAUUAACGAAAAUUUGUCGUCAGAAUGGACGAGGAUCUUCGUACUAUUUGGUGCGGAAAUUUGAGCGAGAAAGUCACCGAAGAACUUUUAUAUGAGUUGUUUUUACAAAGUGGUCCGAUUCAGAAGGUUUCAAUACCCAAGGAUCGAGACGGAAAACAGCGCUCUUAUGGCUUUGUAACAUUUAGGCAUACAGUCUCUGUACCAUAUGCCUUAGAUCUCUUCGAAGGUACGGCAUUGUUUGACCGAGUACUGACAAUGAAAACUAGGAACAACAUUGAACGACCGCCACAAGCACAUGCACAGCUACAAGCACCUGCGCAGCUACAGACACAGCAGCAACAUUGUUUCAAUAUGGGAAAUGAACUCAGGACGCAAGAAGCUACCGCCAUAUUGAACAAUGCAUAUCAAUUGAGACACCAACUUUUACUUGGUAACUUGGUGCCAAAUGUGUCACUCUGUGGUUUUUAUCCCGGACAAGAAAUGGUCAUGUAUCCCAGUCAGGUUAAUGCUUGGGCGAAGCAAGAUCAUAGGAGACCUCCUCAAGGACAUUCAUACCAGCGUGAUCGGGAGAGAGAAAGAAGAGAUCAAAGAGACAGAAGCUAUCACAGAGACUCCUCCCAUCGUUCACAUGAUCAUUCUCGAAAUUCUGAUUCGAGAAGUGAUAAAAGAAGUUAUCGUUGAUAGGGAAAUAGGGAAAUGGAACAGAAUCUAGCACCAAUUUGAUCAAUAUUUUUUUUUCAUCAGAUGUAAAGCUAUCUAUACUUAUCUUAUACUAAUUAUAAAGAUUUUUAUUCCCGACUGAACCGUAAAGACAACUUUUUUGACCUGAGAA